AUGCUCGAAGAGGCAUCAUCUCUUCUAAAGCAAAAGAAAGAGAUCGAGACCAAGCAGCGCCUUCUGGGAGCAUUCAACGGUCACUAUCUGUUGACAGAUGACCAAGCCAUCACCCUGACCUCCGCUGCUGAGCCGGUUGACGAUGAGUUUUUUCGACUGCUUAGGAGAACCAAAAAAAUUCACAACGACUGCCAAGUCCUGCUAGGAACAGAAGACCAACGACUAGGUAUUGAGAUCCUAGAGCAAAGCUCCAAGCGGCUAGAUGCAGCUUUCCAAAAGCUAUACCGCUGGAUACAGCGAGAAAUCAAAACUCUUGACUUGGAGAACCCCCAAAUCAGUUCUUCGAUACGUCGAGCACUUCGAGUGCUGGCAGAACGGCCAACUCUCUUCCAGAACUGCCUCGACUCCUUCGCUGAAGCACGCGAGCGCACUCUCUCCGAUGCCUUCUAUACUGCGCUGACAGGAUCCAUAUCCGAUUCUACUAACCAUGUUUCUACUAAGCCCAUCGAAUUCCAAGCUCACGACCCACUACGCUACGUUGGCGACAUGCUUGCCUGGGCACACUCAGCCACCGUGUCCGAGAGGGAAGCGCUCGAAGUGCUCUUCAUCUCGGAAGGAGACGAGAUGGCUAAGGGCAUUCAAGCGGGCCUGGAGAGCGAUCCGUGGUCUCGGCCGGAAGACGGCAAAGAAGAGAUUUUCGACGGCCGUAAAGCACUCAGCCAACUCGUCAGUCGGGAUCUUACAGGUGUUGCAAGACUUCUCCGACAGCGCACAGAGCAGCUCAUCCGGAGCCAUGUAAACGCGACCCUAGCAUACAGGAUCGCAAAUUUACUUGGUUUUUACAAGAACAUGUUCACGAAACUCAUCGGCGAAGAAGCCGACGUGGUAGACGUCUUGGCUGGCUUAGAAGAAUCGGCCCUCAGGCAGUUUCGAGCGAACAUGCAAGAUCACGUGGCUGCCGUUCAAAGCGAGCUCGCCGUGGCGCCACCCGAUCUGUCGCCACCGGAGUUUCUGGAGGAAGCCCUUGACAUGCUUAAGGACUUGCUCAAGAGUUACGAAACGUCUGUUACCAGCUCCGAUAGCAUGGGACAGGGGUUCCGCCCAGUCCUUGCAGAGGCAUUGGAUCCCUUCCUCAAUGGGUGCGAGAAUCUCUGGAAACGCCUUCCAGCACCCGAUGGCGAUGUCUUUGCAAUUAAUUGCUUAGCAGCGGCAAGGGCAGUGUUAUUACCCUUUUCAUUCACUAGAGAAAAAGUCUCGAAUAUUGAGGAUAAUAUCGAAGAACACACUACCAAUCUGGUUGAACAGCAACACCGCUUCUUCAUCCAUCACUCCGGACUACAGCCCCUACUCGCGGCAUUAGCGCCAUUGUCCAAAUCCCAGGGAGUUGUAGCAUCGAUACCAUCCCUGAAAGCCUUUCAGCCAGAACCCCUCGUCGCCACCAGUCAGACACUCGAUGACUUCUUGCCUUCCGCUCUAAUCGAUGCAAUGGAGAAUAUCAAGCGCUUACGAGACACGAAGAUGGCGCAGGAGAUUACAGAAGAGGCGGCCGAUAAGUUCUGUGACGACUUCGAGUACGUGGAGAGCAUGAUAGUGGCUGCCGACGAGAUGAGGGCUGUAGAGGAUGGCGAGGAAGAGGGACCUGUGCCAAGUCUCAGAGAGCUGUUCCCACGGACUGGAGCGGAGAUCAGGGUACUGUUGAGUUAG